AUGGCAGCUAUUCUUGGAGGCGGUUUGGGUGGAUUAUCAACAGGUUAUUAUUUGCUUAAAAAUAACUUAAAUAAUAAUAAUAACUUAAAAUUAUUUCUUUUGGAGGCUACUGAUUAUUGUGGGGGAUGGAUAAAAUCUAUAAAAACCAAAGACUAUAUCUUCGAGCAAGGUCCUCGAACUAUCCGGCCUAAAGGUACGACCGGCCUCAAUACUUUAAAUAUGAUGCAAGAUUUAGGGCUCAGUGAACAUAUUGCUGCUAUUAAACCUGACCACCCCGCAGCAAGGAACAGAAUGAUAUAUGUGAACAACACUCUGCACUUAUUACCUUCUAGUAUAAAGGGUAUUUUUCAAAAAAAUGAACCAUUCUCUAAACCGCUUAUUUUCGCGGCUUUAAAUGAUUUAAAACAGCCCCAUACAGAACUAAAAGAUGAUUCUAUUUAUAAUUUUGUUGAUAGAAGAUUUGGCAGAGAGAUUGCAGAUUAUGCUAUAUCACCAAUGAUCUGUGGGAUAUGUGCUGGUGAUGCAAAACAGAUUUCUGUCAAAUUUCUUAUGAAAAACUUAUUUGAAUAUGAGCAAAUGUAUGGAGGAGUACUCAAAGGUGUAAUGAAAUCUUUAUUUAAAACUAAGACUGAUAAACCGAUAGAAUUAAGUGAAUUAGCUAGAAAGGCACAAGAAGAAAAAUGGAGUGUUUACACAAUAAAAGGUGGUCUUGAUAUCUUUCCAACAGUAAUGAAGCAAUUUUUAAAGGAAAACAAUGUUGAUUUACACUUAAAUACAAAAGUAGAUGAAAUAGAAUUUGUAGACUCGAGUAUGGUGAAACUGAAAAAAGAGAAUGGGGAAACUAUGACUGCUACUCAUGUAUAUUCGUCAGUCCCCUCACAUAUUUUGGCAAAAUUAGUCACAAAGCAGCACCCAGAAUUAUCGAAACUACUAAAUGACAUACCUUUUGUGACGGUUGGUAUUGUAAAUUUAUAUUUUGCAACAGAAAAACCAUUAAUUACUCCAGCCUUUGGAUUUUUAGUGCCUCCCAUUGAGAACUCACCGAUUUUGGGGGUUGUAUUUGAUUCUUGUUGUAUUCCAGACCAAAAUGGUACAGUAUUGACAGUAAUGUUAGGUGGAAAAUGGUUUAAAGAGAAAUUUGGAAACAAUGUAACAAAGGAGAAGCUGUUAGAUAUAGCUAUGAAAGAAAUAAGAUCAAUUCUAAAAAUAGAUGAGAAAGUGUCAGCACAUAAUGUUAAUAUUUUGCAUAAAUGUAUACCACAAUAUGUCAUAGGGCAUUAUGAGCGAGUUGAUAAAAUAAGAGAGUAUAUUCAAAGCAAUAAUUUACCUAUAUCUGUAGUUGGCAGUAGUUAUGAUGGGGUCGGUAUAAAUGAUGUAAUUUAUUCAGCAAAAACUCAAGUUGAAGAAGAUCUUAUGAAG